AGCUUCUCUAAUGCUCUCACCAAGAACAUAGUGGCCAUGCUGGUAUGGCUCGCCCUCAGUAUCAUUAACAGCACCAUGGUGCACACCUUCCUACGACACAGCCUCUUCUAUGAGAACCCCCGGUACAUCAUGUUCAUCAGUAUGGUGAUCAACGAUGCUCUGCAGCUAAGCCUUGUAACAGCUCUCUACGUGGUCAGCUACAUCUUCAGGAAGAUCCAUGCAUCUGUCUGCUGCCUUCUGAUCAUGACAGCAGUGCUCACCACCCGCUCCACCCCUCUCAUCCUGGCCGGGAUGGCUGUGGAGCGUUAUGUCUCCAUCUGCUUCCCCCUCCACUACAGCCAGAUGUGCACCGUCCCUCGCACUCUCCUCCUCAUCUACGUCAUCCUCCUCCUAACCGCCACCCCGCCCGUCACCGACCUCCUCAUCACCGUUGUCAAGGAGCCUCCAAGUUUCUUCCAAACCUCUAUUUUCUGUGACCACUCGCUCCUCUUUCAGGACCAGUCCAUCUACUACAAGAACUGUGUGUUUGACGGGGUGUAUCUCUCCUUCGUGGCUCUGACGCUGCUCUACACCUACUGCAAGAUCAUGCUGACUGCAAGAGCGGCCUCCAUGGGCCUGGCCUCAGUGAAGAGAGCGAGGAACACUGUGCUGCUUCAUGGAGUGCAGUUGCUGCUCUGCAUGCUUGCCUAUGUGGUUCCCUCCCUUCAGGCUGCUCUCAUCUCCCUUUUCCCCCGUCUCAGUCUGGAGAUUCGUUACAUCUUCUUCCUGGUCGUCUACAUCAUCCCCCGUUUCCUGAGCCCCGUGAUCUAUGGUUUUCGAGAUGAGCAGUUCAGGAAGUACUGGACGCGGUACCUGGCUUGUUGGAGCCACAGCAUCAUCAGGGUCAGGCCAGUGGUACUGAAAGCGAACCUGCAGGUGAAAUAAUAACAUCUGGAAACCACCAGAGAAGACCAACUGACUGUCAGUCUGCUGCUUGUGAGCUCCUGGUUCAGUUCAAAUCAAUGAAGGAUGAUGAAGGUUGCUCACAGUUUUUAUUGCUCUGUGGCAUUCAUUUGGUUUGAAUUCAUGGUCUCUUAUACAGCAAACAUGGUGAGGCAACAAGUGCUGGAAAUAUGAACACUUUUUCAGAAUCAAAUGUAUGUCACUGUGUACAGUAAGCCAGCUUUUAACAAAUGUUUCUGCUGAUAUAUA